AUGACCUCGGCGCGUCCUGCGUCGGUUGCACAGGCUUCUACGGAAGCGUUGGCUCUUCAUAAAGACCUUCCUCCCAAGUCACAGCCUCGCCGUCUCGAGCCCUCGCUUCUGCCUUUGCAACCCAUUGAGAACAACUCAACAACUCGAGAAUACAUCUUAGAUCCGCCCUCAUCAAAACUCCAAAGGCCAUCUCCAACAAAAGCUUCACGCGAGACCGGUACCUCGCAUUCCGGUCAGGGCAAAUUGGGCUUCGUCCCGAUAACUGCUCCAACUCCACCCAUGUUCACCACAGAUUCACCUACCAAGAAGACCCCCUUGAACGCAAACUCACAUCCCACCUCGUCCUCCGCACCAACAACAUCAUCAAUGCCACAAUCUGCCCUGUUCACCACAUUCUCUAGCGUCAACCCCGAGGAAUCCUCGCCCAACGAGAAUCGAAUCGCCAAUGAUCUUCCCAAUGAUAAUUUCGCAGAUUUUCCCGAACCCUCGUAUGGAAACAAAGUUCCCUUGAGAAGGACGCUUUUGGAGGCUGCGCCGCUGAAAGAACGAUCGAUCAAGAAGCCAAAAUCCGAAGAUACCCCAGCAAUGCGUCUACCAGAGCCCGAAGAGAUGCCGCCGAUCGAAGAUGAUGGCACGAAGCCUCCGUACAGCUACGCGACGCUGAUUGGGAUGUCGAUUCUCCGAGCGACUAACCGGCGGUUGACUCUGGCGCAGAUCUACAAAUGGAUUUCGGAUACCUUUUCCUAUUACAAGAACAGUGACCCCGGUUGGCAGAACAGUAUCCGUCACAAUCUGAGCUUGAACAAGGCGUUCAUCAAACAGGAACGACCCAAGGAUGACCCGGGAAAAGGAAAUUACUGGGCGAUUGAACCUGGCAUGGAGGCGCAAUUUCUCAAGGACAAGCCCUUGCGUCGCGCUACCAUGUCCAGUCUUCCUCUCCCUGCAGCCCCUCAAAGGGAGUCGGCGUCCCACCCCCAGAACUCCUCCAGCAUGGCAUCAUGGGUAGUUCCGCCACCCCCUAGUUACCAUCCACCGCAAAAGGUAUCUUCUAAGAAUGUCGACUUGUCUUCGGAUGCUACUUUGCCUGCCUCCGACCCAGCCCUUCAAGACGACACAGGUGACGAGGGCACCAAUACAGCAGCGCCGCGGACUCUCCUACCUCGGUCCUCUCCUCCCCAGCCCAUUCAUUCAUCUCCUCCAGUUGCUCCGCCUCGUUUCUCCCGUCAAGGGACCCCUCCUUCUCCGUCUCAAGCCGCCGCUUCUUCUGCAGCUGGCCCGCGUUCGAAAAAACGCAAAUCGGCUGCGAUGAACGACAGUGGGUAUUUCUCGUCCUUGGAGUCGUCAGCAAUGCGGCCAAACAAGACUGGACAUAUCUUGACCUCCGACCUGGACAUUGAGCCACCUCGUAUCAAGCGCGGUCGUGCAGAGGAAGAGAUCGCGCGGAUUCGCAGUUCAUCUCAUGACAUAAGCCCAAAUCACUCUGGUCGCACCAAGGAUUCCGGAGUGGCUGCCGGCUCAUCUCCGAUUCGUGGAGGCUAUGUGAGCAUGCUGCCGCCUCCCCUCACGCCUGUGAUUAAAUUUAAGAAGCCUGCGAAGCCGCCACCGUCGGUCUCUCCCAACACCAACCUUCGAAACCACCGCAGGAAGAUCCAACAAAUGGUCAAUUCCCCCAUCAAACACCUGGGCCUCACGGAUGAGGACCUGCCAUGGAGCCCAGCGUUCAACAUCCAGGAUGAAGCAUUCACACCAAACGAAAAUUUCCACUCCACUUUUGAUGUUUUUGCCGAUUCCGGAGUGGACAAUAUCUCCACGCCAGCCCGCGGAUCGCCGGAGAAGCGCUCUGCGAAGCGUGCUCGCUUGGAGGGUGGGGGAUCCGGCGGCAAUGCCCUUGCCGAUAUCACUUCCAUGAGCGUCAACAGUCGCAUGGGUGCAUCAUCCCUAUCAUCACAAAAGUCUAAAGGCCUGCUCUUUGAUUCGCCGUCCAAAAUGCCAGAUCCUAGUCGCUUCAUUGAUGCCACCCAUGACGAUUUCUUUUCAUUCCAUCUUUUCGAUGAGAGCCCAGGAGAAGUGGAUGGUGUCGAUCUUCUACAGGGCUUCCAAAAAAUUGGAGGCGCCAGUAAAGAGGUGCCAUCCAAAACCAAAUCGCACAUUUCAAGACCAAACUUUACUUCCCGAAGCAACACCUCGUUGUUUUGA